GUCCCUCUUAUAAAGGAAACCGAAUCCUUUGGUCGCUGCUUCACACACUUACAUUAAUCCUCCCCCGUUGCAAUGGCAAAAUCGCAGAUCUCGUCGUCGUCUUCCACGCCCUCGCGCUCGUCUUCCGUCGGGUUGCACCGGAUGGACGAGCUCGAGAAGGUCUUCGCCCGCUUCGAUGCCGACGGCGAUGGCAGAAUCUCCGCCUCCGAGCUCGCCGCCGUCCUCCGAGCCCUCGGAUCCGACCCCUCUCCUGAUGAGAUCCGCGACAUGAUCGCCGAGAUGGACGCCGACCGCGAUGGCUUCGUUGAUCUCCAGGAGUUCGCCGCCUUCCACCGCUGCGGCGUUGGCCGCGGUGGCGCGGAGGCGGAGCUUAAGGACGCGUUCCGGAUGUAUGAUCUCGACAGCGACGGGCUGAUCUCGGUGGACGAGCUCCUCCGGGUCAUGAGGAGCCUGGGGGAGAAGUGCACCCUGGAGGACUGUGCGCGGAUGAUCAGGUCGGUCGACUCGGACGGCGACGGCAGCGUCAGCUUCGAGGAGUUCAAAACUAUGAUGACCGGCGGUUGUGGCGGUCUCGGCAGCAGCGGGAGGAAGCCGGCCGCAGCAUAAGAACGUGUCGUUGAGAUUAAAUUGGUAAAAGUGUGCUGAUAAUAUGUCAACAAGUUUUCCAAAAAGGCAUGAAAUCAUUACCGAAGACACAAGGAAAACAAAGUAAAUGGUUUCGAGCCUUGGUUGUUCAACGACGAGAAGCAAUGCAGCGAGGAAGCAGAAUCGAGUAAGUGGCAGAGAAGAAGCAACUCGGGGUGCAGGUAGAGCAGAACCGCACUUGAGGUGAGAGUGAAGUGAGGUGUUGUUACCUUUUUUUUAUAUUAGUUGUCGUGCAUAUAAUCUCUUACUUUCUUUUCCUACUUCACACUUGAAACUUGAACUCCUCCUUUGGCACCCGCUCCAGAAAGCCUAAGCACAAAGGCUGCAAUGUGGUGAACAAAGCAUGUGCUGACACUACUAACAGCUGGUAUGUUCUUUUUAGCAAUUUCAGGUGAAUCCUCAUCCAUAAAUGCCAUUAUUGGCAACUCAAAUCGUCAACACUAAAAUGCUGACUAUAGAAAUGCUUUCGUUUUUGCACAUUGUUCUGUUGUAAAUAGAAAUGCUUUCUUGGAUUCAACUAUUGUAGUAGUGAAGGUGAGGACUGAUUGAGAACUGAUUGAGAAGAGUGUUUGUGCGUGCACAAUGAGCAGUGGCGGUGCACGGUGAGAGAGAAGGCAGAGAGCGCGCAGCUAACUGUGGCGGCGCAGAGAGAGAGAGAAAGAGAAGAACAGAGAGAGGUAAAAAGAGAGAGAGAGGGCAGCGUGCGUGCGUGCGUGAAGAGAACGGCAGCAGCGCACAGCGAGAGGAGAGAGAGAAAAAAAAAUCUAAAUUUUGACUUAAAUUAGUGGUCAAGCGUUGUCAAUUUUGACCUAAAUUUUACGUAGAUAAUCUUUACAGUAAAUUCUAUAAUUCUAACGAUGUUGAUAUACAGUUUACCUCUCUUAGGUACUUUCCUGCUGUACUCAUUUUGUGAGAUCUAGAAUUCUAAAUUCAGAUGAUGAUAUGUUAUUCUUGAGCCAAGAUCUAUGUUCUUGAUAUUAUUAUGAUCAUCUGGUUAUUCUAGAGAAGAUUUAUUGUAAACAUGUUAUCAUUACUAUUGAUAGUGGAAGUUUGAGGCGGACUAU